AUGUUCAAUCGCUUCUCAAGUGAAGUGGUUGUCCAGGGCGAGAGUCAGUCCGAGCUCGACAUUGACGGGGAAGAUACGAACCAGUUCAGGCUCAUCAAGCCCAAGCGGACUUUUCCCUUGGCCAUCCUCCGCUGUGUUGGCGCCUAUUCUCAGAUUGUGCUGUUUGCCUAUUUGGCGUUUCGGAAAUUGGAGGAGCAGAGUCAGACUGGACCUGGGGUCCCUACGAAAGGAAAGGGGUUAAAGGAGCUGUGGUCGAUGAACAAUGAAAGGAGUGAGAUUGAUCAGGAUUGGCCGCUAUGGUUGCCUGUUAUGCAUGGCAUCGUUUGGUUGUAUUCAUCGAUCCUUUCAACAGUGUCACUCCUCCACCCUCGCCUGUCAAACCCCUACAGAUUGGUUACACACCUGGAUCUCAUCUAUCUCACAACAGCAGGCGCAGGAUUGAUGCACUUUUUGCUGAACGAUUUUGGACGGCCCAUCGGACUCUGGACCUUGGAUGACCAAAUCUCUGGGCUCUCAGCAGCCAUCUCUGGCUGCAUGUUGGCCCUGACCCUUGCCACCAAACCAUUGGUCCCACCUCAGCCUAUGAAAGGACCGGAUAAGCGAUCCCGUGGGGUUAUCUCGCCAGAGACGCGCUCGUCGCUUUACGCCAGGAUUGCUUUCACUUGGUUGCACUCAAUGGUCAUCAAGUCGUUCACCGGAAAGCUUCAGGAGACUGACGUCUGGGCAAUGGACAAUGCGCUCAGGAUCAAAAUCGUCUUUCAGGAGUACUUGGAGAACAGGAAGGCAACGGUGUUUGUCACGAUGCUGAGUUUGUUCCGCCUCCAGCUGGCUCUGCAGUUCUUGUGGGGGUUGGCAUGGGUGGGUCUCAGUAUGGUCCCUCCCUUCGUCGUCUUCAAGAUUAUUUCGUUCGCUCAGGAUCUUUCCACCUACAACCGCAAUGAGGCGCUUUUCUAUGUUGCUGCCCUUUUGGCAUCCAUUGUCGUCCUUUUGCAGCGUGGAUUGCACAUGGGACAAAGGCUCGCUACAAAGGCAAUGGGCAUGACAAGUGGACUGAUUUAUGAGAAAAUGUCGCUUCGCAAGGACAUGGACCCUCACGACUACGAGAUCACAGACCUCAUGAGCAUGGAUGCGAAGCGUAUUGGACAGGGCUGGAAGAGCGCGUUUUACUUGAUGAUCUACCCCAUCAUGGUCAUCAUUGCGACGAUCCAACUGUACGGAUAUAUCGGACAUUCUGCCUGGGCUGCUGCUGUCGCUGUGGUCUUUUGGUACCCUAUCUCUGCCCUUGCCAGCUUCCUCUUUUCUGGCCGAUUUGACCCUGCCUCUGUCAGGAUGGAGAGAAGUGAUGCCCUUGCUUCAGAUUUCUUCGCCAACUUGAAAGCGAUCAAGUACUUGGGAUGGGAAGAGAUUCUGAUCAACAAGAUCCACAGAGCUCGGGAGGAGGAUCGCAAGCAUGAUUCAAAGACUUCUCAGCCAGUCAUGACGCUCAUCUCUGUGCCCCUUGGAGGAGAUCUCAUCCACGCGUUUGCCAUGACGGUUGUCCUUGCGUUCUAUUCGCUUUACUUUGGACAGAUCCUUACGCCUGCGAUCUUGUUCACUACAUUAAUCCUGGUCGACAUUCAGACGAGCGCCAUUAACUCCCUGCCGUCGGUCAUGAUUUCACUCAGGGAGAUGCUGGACGCAAUGGUCAGAGUGAACGACUUUUUGUGCGAGGAGGAGAACGAGCGCGACACUGCCGUGAUUCGGGACCGGGAGAUGGCCAGGAGAGCCAACAUCCCCAUCAUCGGCUUUGUCAACGCGUCCUUUGUCUGGCCCGUGGCCAAACCCGCAGUCCACCCUAAUGAUCUUCUAUUUGUCGACGAACCAGAUCAAGACGACGACGAUGUUCGCCAUCAUCAAAACAACGGUGCUACAAAUAAGGCUGGUCGUCGCCCUUCUGGCAAUUGGAUUGUGCGGACACUCUCACUCUUUGGAUACAUUUUGCCCACACCCCCGGAGAAUACCUACAGCCAGAACCCAGGACGGCCCAACUAUGGCAUUGGACAACACAAACCCAACACCGCAGCCUUUGCUGCCGGGACCGACUUUGUGUUGAAGAACGUCACCCUGUCCUUCCCACCCGGUCAGAUCUCGUUGGUGACCGGAACCAGGAAAUCGGGCAAGUCUGCUUUGUUGUUGGCGCUGAUUGGCGAGAUGACCCGGUCCACUGGAAAGAUUUAUCUGCCCCGCAAGGAUUACUACCAUGGGAAACAGGGGUACGGUAGCGAUGUUGCCUAUGUUGCUCAGGACCCAUGGCUGGAGAUUGGUGGUGGUGGUAGUAUCUCGGGAAACAGCACUGGUCGUAGUACUAUUCGGGAUACGAUCUUGUUUGGAACUAUGCUGGAUGAGGAACGGUAUCCGGAGGUUUUGAGGGCUUGUGUUCUUGAGGAUGAGUUGCAGGGACUUCCUAAUGGUGACAUGACCAUCAUCGGUGACAAGAACGUUGUGUGGUCGAUGUCACUGAAGCAGCGUAUUUCCUUGGCCCGCGCGGUUUACUCAGACGUGUCACAUAUCUUGAUGGAUGACUGCCUGAGCUUUGUCGAUGUCAGGAGCCGCAACUUUAUCUGGAAAAACUGCAUAUUGGGGCCCAUUACGCAGGGAAAGACAAGAAUUGUGGUGUCGAACCAGCUUCAUGUCAAGACGUACUUAAACGAUGUUGACUAUGUUGUUGGACUGGAUCAAGGAAUUAUUCUUGGACACGGCUCUGUUCGUGAGGUGCUCACCCAGGGAUGGAUCCGUCAAGCCCCUGGCUCGUCUACCAUCCCUACCACCAUCAUCUCUGGAGCCACUGUCCCUGCCAACUUGGGUCAGUUCCCUCAACAGUCUUUGCCCAGUAACAGCACCCCCGCUGGAACAGGACCUGUAACAGCACCCGUAAACGCUCCUCUCCAGGACCUUCGAUCUGCAAAGAGCACCAACCUGCCUGUCAACAAGAUGAGCAACCUGAGCGACUAUGAUGAUCUGGACUCGACGAUGAGCCGUGAAACUGCAGCUGGAUUCCGGGUUGGUUGGUCGACUUUUGGCACCUACAUUGUCUCAUUGGGCACCGUCCUGUUCUUGGCUUCGGCGUUUAUGAGUUUGUUCCUGAGUCAGGCAUUCUUUGUGAUCCGCAUUGGAUGGUUGGGUCUCUGGGCUGAGAACGAGGCCUGGGAUGGUGGCGUUCCCCUGCGCCAUACCAUCCAUGACCGUCAGGUUCAUCGGAACUUGUUACCGGAGGACGAUGAGCCUUCGUUCAUGACAGGAUUGGACUAUCUCUGGAUCUUUAUUGCCCUUGCAGGAAUUCGCGCCUUCUUUGUGAUUGGAAACGCGUUCUUCUUGAGAUCGGGUGCCUACACCGGAGCCGACAGAGUCUACAUGCGCUUCCUCCACAGCGUGGCUCUCGCACGUCUCUCGGUCUUUGAGGCCAACGCUGUCAAGGCAGCGACGUCGAUGGCUGGCGAUGUUGGUGGUCUGUUUACCAAGGGUACCAUCAACGGGAUCAAGGAUUGUUUCAUGCGGGAUCUUAGUGGGUUGGAUGUCAAGCUCGCCAAGGAGUUCUGGCAGUUCUCAUCGGACGUCCUGGCGGCGCUGUUGAUUAUCUUGGUCCUGGCUUGGGUUCAGCCCUUUGUCUUGGUCCCUGUCGUUGUGGUCUUGUGCAUGUUGAGCUCCGUGGCGCUUUUGGGGUUGGGUCUUUCAAAGGAGAUGCACCGGAUGUCGAUUCGUGCUGAUCGGAUGGAUAAGGACCAGUUCAAACAUACCUUCCGUGGCCUGGCGACUAUCCGUGGUUAUGGAUUGGAGCGUCGUGCGAUCAAGUCUGGAAUUGCGCAGUCAGAGCUGUACCUCAAGACCGUGUACUUUGGAUCCUGUGCCGACCGUUGGUUGCAUUGGAAGGUUGAGCUCCUGAGCGCUUUCAUCCCCUUCUCGGUCGCGGUGUUAGUCUUGAAACAAAUUGAGGAUCUGGAUCCUGCGUUGAUGGGUCUUUCGCUUUACUUGUCGCUGCAGUUCAGUGAUAAGGCUCUGGACAGUCUGCUGGGUUUUGGUCGCAUUCGGAACCGUCUCCAGUGGGCGCUUGAGCGCACUCGUCGGUAUAUCCAUGAACUGGAUAGCCCUGAUAACAAGGAGGCUCCUCGGAGGGUCGAUAGCAAGCAGCCACCAGCCGCAUGGCCUCACAGUGGCGCCGUCGAGUUUGUCAAUUACUCUUGCAGCCGCGCUGAGGCUCCUCAUGGUACUACUACUGCCUCGGGAACUGUGCACCUCAAGAAUAUCAACAGAGCCGCGCCCCUUGCAGAGACGCUUAGCAGACCUCCACAGAACGCCGCUGUCAAUCAAAGACCAGGACUGGACGCCGUGCUCGGCUCCAACCCCAGUAUCCCUGCCCGAGUCAACGAACUUUCACAAUCGGCACCUCUAGAUCACACUAACUCAACUCGGACCAACACUGCAGUCUCUGCAGCCAACACUGUCUCCUCCAACAUCAGCCAGGCCAGCAGUCAUUUGACCGUUGCACCCUAUGGAACUGUUGGUCGGAAUGCAGGCGUCGAUUUGACAUCUGACACUGAUGCGACCUUGGUCCCUCUCCCCCAGCCGUCGUCGACGUUCUUGUCGACGACUACUUUUGUACCACCCGCAGAACAGCCCAUGGAUCAGUUGGCAGCUCUAGAUCAGAUGAUUCCUCCUGAAGCGAUGGAUACUGGACGACUGGAUGCACCCCUGCCACCCUUGCCGCCUAGUUCGGGGGCGCCUGCAGGGCCGACCUCGAUUUUCAAGAAUGAUAGCCAGGAUACUAAUUCACUGAGCGGCGCUGCCGCCGCUAGUGGAUAUGCGACUGAAGAGGCAGUUGGUUUUGGGCCUGUGACUUGCGCGAUCCUCCCUGGAGAGAAGGUUGCAGUUGUGGGCCAGUCCAAGUCUGGCAAGAGCACGUUUAUCCAGAGUUUGUUCCGCAUGUGGGAUUCUGCAGAGGAGGAUCGUAUCCGUGCAGCUCGUGCUGCUCAAAACGCUACCACGAAUGGAUCCUCGUCGUCUACCACUUCUUCGUCCAACAAGUCUACUCUCGUUUCCUCGUCUUCCUUCUACGCCAAGACACCUCUGGGUCGUGUCGCCUCCUUGGGUAAGGCCAAACCUUCGCAGGGAACCCCCCUCCCCGACCUGGGCUCGAUCACCGUCGACGGACUGGAUAUUUCUCAAUUAGGCUUGUACGAUCUGCGAUCCCGCUUCUCGUACCUCUCCCAGCGCGGAACAGUCUUUGCGGGCACUGUGCGGUUCAACCUCGACCCUCGUGGCGAACACGAGGAUGCAGAGUUGAAUGAAGUCCUCCGGAUCUGUUUCUUGAACGAGCGACUUAAACUCGACACUGAGCUCAUGACCGCCUCGACUGCCAACUUGUCUCCUGCAGGAAAUGGACUGUUGGGAUCAGUGGUUGCAGGAACGACGAGUUCGAGAAGGAUCCCACGGUAUGCGAAGCGGUUCUUUAGACGGAGCCGUCCUAUCCCUGCGUCUGCCCUGAACAAGGGUAAGGACAAGAAGGAUCGUACACCGGCUACCGUCAGUGCCACAUCUGGACGCCGCCUCCGGGCUUCCCUCGAGGGUUCUGGAGGAGCGGGAGCGGGAGCAGGAACCAACUUUAACACUGCCGAGUUCUUGAAUGAUGACCCCGAGCAGGAACUCCUCGGCCAUAUCGAAACGUCCGACGACGAAGACAACGACUUUGAUGAAGAUGACGGCGACACGCGCGUAGAACUGGACACGAAUGAGCGUCAACUUUUGAGUCUUGCACGGAUACUAGUCCAACGGUCCAACGUCGUGGUUCUCGACAACUGUGCUGCAAAGGUGACAGACUUGACGGCCCAGCGGAUUGAUCAGAUUGUGAUCCAGGAACUGAAAUCAGCGACUGUGAUCUCUGUGGGCCAUCGGUUGGACCAGAUUGUUGCGCGGCAUAACCGGAUCUUGGUGCUUGAUCAUGGCAAGGUCGUCGAGUUUGAUACCCCUAUUGCGUUGUUGAACAAGCCCGACGGUGUCUUCAGAGACAUCUGUAACCCUGCUGGACCAAACUUCUCGGCCCUUGUCUCCCUCGCCAAGAAGCAACAGAUUGCUUCAUAA